AUGCUCUAAGUAAUCUUCAGAUUUUACAAAAUUUUGGUUAGGGUUUUUCUUUCAAUAUCAAUUAUCCAAAAAUAAGGUUAUUUUAGGUUUAAAAGAAAAUACUAUUGUAAUUUUAGUCUUGUAAUACAUAUAUAUAUUUUAUUUAAUUUGGUUUCGUCUGAGGUUUAUUACGUAGAAAAUGCUUAAAAAUUUUUUAAGGAUCCUGUUUAUUGUUGCUAGAUUAAGUGCAUUAUUUUUAAUUCUAAUGACAAUUUGAGAAAAAAAAUUAAAGCGAUCCUUGUCAAAGUUAUUGUUGUAAGGUGUCCAUGUAGUGUUGAAUAUAGUAAGAUUAAUUUUGAAAUCAAACUUCCAACAGGAUUAAUAGGUAAAAAUCUUUACUAAUAUUAUAGGGGCUCCUAUAUGA